AUGCCGGCAUACCAUUCAAUCUUCCUGGGAGACCAGGGCGUACAGACGAUAGGAAACUUCCCACUCCUCCCGCUGCGCACAAAGACACGGGGACCAGCGUUCACUCUCCCGCAACUCCCGGCCGGCACCAACCCACUGGACGUCGACCCGGACUCCGAGUCCUACGACUGUCUGGACGAAAUCCUCUCUCUAUUCCGCGCGAACACUUUCUUCCGCAAUUUCGAAAUCAAAGGCCCCGCAGACCGCAUGCUGAUCUAUGGCAUCCUAUUCAUCUCAGACUGUCUGACGAAAGUGAAGCCGCACAUGGACUCGAAGUCGGCUGAAAAGGCUUUGAUCAACGGUGCUCUGGAACAAUUCAGUCUUCCCGGCGAGCCGGGCUUCCCUCUGAACCAGGCUUUUGAGGCGCCUAGGGAUCGGAAUGAGGCGGAGGCGCUGCGGAGCUAUCUCAGCCAGGUGCGACAGGAGUUGGCUGUCAGGUUGCAUGCGAGAUUGUACGAGGGCGGUGUUGGCCCGAGUAAGUGGUGGUUGAGCUUUACGAAGAGGAAAUUCAUGGGGAAGGGGUUAUAG